UUUUCCCAGCUGCCCAUAUCAAUUCAUUUUUUGAAUGAAUAAGGUGAAUUACUAAAUUUAACAGCUGGCUCCUAGACCCACGCUGAUGUGAGCAAGAGAGCAGCGGCCAUCCUUUUUUUUUUGUACCAGCAUUGUGUGCAUAAUGGUAAUUAAAAAUUAGAAAGUUCAGAACUUUGGGUGCCAAGGACUUAUAUACUUUUUGUUAGUGUGGUAUUCUAAGAAUUGGAGUUUGUUGAAGUUUAAAAUGUGUGUGUUGUGAAAACCCGUGUAUACUAUUAAAUUGGAAAGGAAAAUCUGUCGUAAAUAGUUUUGAGUUAGUAACACAGCAAACUGUAUUCUCUGCUCCAGUUUUCUUUUUCAGGAAAUAAUGUUGAGUGUUGUAAAGUAUCUUGAUACAUAUCGAAUCGUAACCCCUGUAUCGUGAUACACAUCGUAUCGGGAGGUCGCAACAAAUGCAGCCAAAAUGGGAGAAAAACCCAACAACAUGGGGCAUCCUGCUCUAAGUUUGUUUUUUUCCAACUCAAGGCAUUUAAAGCACUACCGCACAAACCAGGCAAUCGGGAUGACCAAAAAGCAAGUUGCCCAGGGCACAUAAGCAGUUAUCAAAAACCCAUUACCCCCCAUAUAAAUCAACUGAUUUGUCUGAUUGGGGUGUAACGCUACUUAGGGUUGAAGAGUUUGAAUGUUAUGUAAUCUGCCUAAAAUGAGUCAUCGAAUAAUUGAUUCUGCAUUGUCAAAAACGAGCAGCACAUUGAUAAAUUGUGGUCUUUACUCCUGAUACCCAUCAAUCUUUGAAUGUGACACUCUGCCUCUCAGGAACAGAUCAGUGCUGCAUUGAUUCUGGACUGCUACCAUGUGAGAGUGACAAGCUAGUUUGAAGGCAAGCUUGUUGACUCGGUCUUUGUGAAGCAGCUGCUGGAGGAGAGGCAGGCAGUAAUUCAGGGUUAAUGGUUGUCCAUGCCCUCUCUCUAGUUAGACAUUCACAUGGCAACACCUCAACUGUCCAUGGUUCAAACAGUAGUGCAGUGUAUUAGUCACUCAGCAGUGGCCUGUUGUCCUCCCAGAGUGAAGACUCCUGACUCUCUGUAGGAGCAGUUAGACCAGUGUUUACGUUAGUCGACUUUUUGACAGAUUUUAUUCAAAAUUCAGCACUUGCGUGGGACACUAUGUGGUUCAAUGGGACAGGAACGAGUACACCGUGAGGAUUCUCUAACCCCUGCCCCUGAGUCCCAACCGUCGGAGAGGGUGUCGGACCUCACUGAGGCAAUCCUGGGCCGUUGGCACUAAAAUGUCCCUAAGUGGUGGCACUGCAGGCGGGAAAGGUGUGGACUCGAAUGCGGUGGACACUUACGACAGCGGGGAUGAGUGGGAUAUCGGUGUUGGAAAUCUGAUUAUCGACCUUGACGCUGACUUAGAGAAGGACAAACUUGAGAUGUCUGGCACCAAGGACGGCAUGGCGGCACCACCCAGUGCAGUGGCAGCGUUGCCUGACAACAUUCGGUUUGUUAGUCCCGUGUCUGGCUCUCAAGGCAAGGAGAGCAAAUCCAAAUACAAGCGCAGUAAGAACUCUAAAGACAAUAGUAGCAAAGCUUCAGCAGGAGAUGGGGGCAAAAAAGAAAAUACAGGACGGACUCAAGGGGAGCCAACAGGCACAGCAGCGGGUGCAGGAGCCGCUGGCAACAACACCACCUCUGGAAAGAACAUGGAAAAAGGAGGCAAAGCCUCCAGAGGUGUUUUGGGUGGGAAAAAAGAGAAAGAAGGGGGAACUGGGAAAAGUAAGAAGGACAAAACAGAAAGCGCCCCGGUUGUGGCGAUAGCUGCUGCAGAAAAGGAUGUCGUGUCUCAAGCCCAAGUUGCUUUGGGAAAUAGUCGUAACGCGUCCUUUGAGAACACACAAUCAACAGACUUGGCAGAUGCCAAUCAAAUGGGGAAUAUUGCACUUGAACCUGUUGGGAUAGUACCAGCAUUGACCACAAAAACUGAACCAGAGGAGGUGGAGAAUGGAAAUACUGAAUGCAAGACAUUGAAGAAGGUGAAAAACGAAAAAAUGGAGUCUCCUGUCUCCACGCCAGCCCCUCCCCCUCUCCACCUCCUGGCCCCGGUAGGCAACAGUGAGAUCUCCUCGCCGUGUGAGCAGAUAAUGGUGCGCACACGCUCCGUGGCGGUGAACACGUCCGAUGUGGCCCUGGCCACCGAGCCUGAAUGCUUGGGACCCUGCGAGCCCGGCACCAGUGUCAAUCUGGAAGGAAUAGUGUGGCAGGAAACGGAAGACGGCAUGCUGGUGGUCAAUGUUACCUGGAGAAACAAGACAUAUGUUGGCACCUUGUUGGACUGUACACGACACGACUGGGCUCCCCCUAGGUUUUGUGAAUCCCCUACAAGCGAUCUUGAAAUGAGGAAUGGCCGUGGUCGAGGCAAGCGAAUGAGACCCAACAGCAACACACCUAUCAACGAGAACAGCAACUCAUCGGACAACAAGGGCACCACCAACAACAAGACACGGGCUGCCUCUAACAGUAAGGGCCGGAGGGGAAGCCAGACACCAUCAGAGCGUCGCACCCCUCCUAACAGCAACACAGAGGACAUUAAAGCCAGUCCCUCCUCAGCUGGAAAACGCAAGACCAAACCAGCCUCAGACAUGGAACCUAAUUCUAGCUCAGAGGACACCAAAGGCAACAAACGUAUGAGGACAAACUCGAACAGUGGAGGGGUGGGACCAACAGGUCUCCCCAUCCCUUCAAUAAAAACGGAGCCCCUCCCACCUCCUCUUGAUCGCAGCUGCCCCUCUCCUGUUCUUAUUGACUGCCCACACCCCAACUGCAACAAGAAAUACAAGCACAUCAAUGGUCUUAAGUACCACCAAGCACGUGCCCACAAUGAUGAUGACGUAAAGUUAGAGUUGGAUGGAGAUAGUGAAUAUGGAGAGGAUUCAACUCUCCACCCUGAACCAGGAAACUGUAAUGGAGCAUCCAUCUCCCAGAAAGGAUGCUUAUCCCCAGCACGUUCAGUAACUCCAAAAGGAAGAAACUUUGAUGCUCAAAGUCCUUCACCUUCACCUGGAAAGUUUGGUUCAAAGCAGAGUAAAAAGAAAAUGGCUGAGAUAGAUCCAGAAACUGGUGGUACACCAAUGGAUGGGUGUGAUGAUGGGCUAUGCCUCACUGAUGAGGCCAGCAAUGAUGGUAUAGAUGAUAAGAGGGGAUCAGACAAGUCCAAGAAGGUUACUAAAGCUGAUAAAAUUGCCCAGAAAAACAUGAAGUCCCCAAGGCCCAUUGGCCCUGGUCCUACUGCAUCACAGCAAAUGUACCCUUUUCCUCCGGGAAACCCAAAUUCUUCCCCUGGGCUUACCCCAAUGAUACAAGGAAUCCCCAAGAGUCCCACAAUGAAAGGCACACAGCCUAAAGCCCCAGCCAUUGGAGAUCCUGCCCCAAGUGGCUCCAAAGACAAGAAGAAGAAAGACAAGAAGAAAAAAGAUAGUGUGAAGGAGGCUGACAGCCCCAAGCCUCCAGGGAAAGGAGGAAAACUGGAGGAAGGAAAGCUUCCCUACCCUGAACCUCCUGAUCAAGGAAAUAAAGGAGAAGGACUCCUGAAUGGUUCAUCAGAUCCUCAUCAGAGUCGCUUGGCCAGUAUGAAGGCUGAAGCUGACAAGAUUUACAGCUUUUCUGACAAUGCCCCUAGCCCAUCCAUUGGUGUAGCCAGUCGGAUAGAUGGUAGUGGAAUGCCGCAGCCUCUCACACCACUUCAUGGGGUGAACCAGAAUGGUGCUGACAACUCAUCGGUCAAAACCAAUAGUCCAGCAUACUCAGAUAUUUCAGAUGCUGGAGAGGAUGGUGAAGGGAAGCUAGAAGGUGUCAAAGUCAGGACAGAGGACCAAGCCAUUAGGGAAAGUGUCAAAAAAGCGCUCUUUCCAAACCAGCCACCCAGCAAGGAUUCCCCUUACUAUCCUGGCUAUGAGACUUAUUACUCACCCAAUUACGUCAACCCCAGCCCCGGUGGGCCAAAUCCAGGCACGCCAGUGGCCGAGGGUCAGGUAAAGAUUAAAAAGGAAGAUGACCUGGAUCAAGUUGAAGAAAAAGUCAAGGUUGAGGUUCAUGAAGACCGCAAACCUGAUGUCAGUGCUCCUGUGCUGCAGCAGCAGCAGCAGCAGCAGCAGCAGCAACAGCAACCGCAGCAGCAGCAGCAACCGCAGCAGCAACCGCAACAACCCUCAGUCAUCCAACAGCGAUCCAACAUGUACAUGCAACCUCUUUACUACAACCAGUAUGCCUAUGUCCCUCCAUAUGCUUACCAUCCAGAUCAAGCCUACCAUAACCACUUGAUGAACACCAACCCAGCCUACCGGCAACAGUACGAGGAGCGGCAGCGACAGAUGGCUGAACAGCAUCGGGCUGCUGAGAAAAAGUCAGACGUAGCCAUAAAAGAACGAGAAGCCUCCAUGAAGGAGGAGUGGAAACAGAAGAGUCCAAUGCCACCAAGCCUCUCAAAAACCACGAGUCAGUCAGACCUUGGAAAGGCACCUCAGCCGCCAGGCAAAUCAAGGGACUCCUCCUCUGAGCCCUCCCCGAAAUCCAUGGGAAGCGUAAAGGGGGAGGACCCAAAGUCCCAGCAAGCUGAGGGGCUAAAGAUGAAGCUGACUGAAGGUGGGCACCAUGGAAAAGAGGACUCCAAGCAAGCACUGGAGUCCAGAGGUCAGGCAGGAAUAGAGCAGGCCAUGUGGUACAGACAGCAGUACCCUGAGAGCCAGAAGUCCCAAUCAGAGGAUGAACACCAGCAACAACAACCUCGAUGGAAAGAUGAAAGGGACAGAGAACGGGAACGCGAUCGUAAAUUAAAGGAAGACAGGCCCAGGCCCAAGGACAGUCAAAGUGGGCCAAAGGAGGAUGGCAAAGAGGGUAGUGAUCCCAGGAUCACUUCUGAGGACCACCGGGUCAUGAGCAAAGACUCUCGUUCUAACCCUCAUAUGCAGUUCUCAUCGCCACUAGCACAGCAUCAGGGCUACAUGCCCUACAUGCAUGGUUACCCCUAUGGACAAGGCUAUGACCCCAACCACCCUGGAUACAGGGGCAUGCCUUCGGUAAUGAUGCAGAAUUAUCCAGGCUCAUACCUACCUGGAGGCUAUCCAUUUUCUCCAUAUGGUGGUAAAAUAGCCGGAGGCGAAGAGGGCAGUGACAAAUCUCGCGUUAGCCCUACUGUCUCCAAAACAGCAACGGACUCCAAAGCUCUGGACAUCCUGCAUCAGCACGCCAGCCAAUACAAGAGCAAAUCCCCCACAGUAGGUGACAAGCCACCACACGAAAGGGAGAGGGAGCAGGACAGAGGAGCUGGUGGGGACAGAGAUCGUGAAAGGGAGCGCGAGAGGGAAAGAGAAAGAGAUGUGGACCGGCCACGAUCCUCACCCUCUCAACGCAUCAUGCCCUCGCACCAUCACCUGGGAUACCCGCUGCUCUCAGGGCAAUACGACAUGUCCUACGCCACGGGUCUCUCCUCAUCAGCUAUUGUUGCCAGCCAACAUGCAGCAACCCCCUCCCUCUACCCACCACCACGGAGGUGAGAACGGGAAACCUGACCGUCACACCUCAACCCUGCAAAGAUUCAUGUGACUGGCUCACAUGUGAAGAGAAUCUCCCGGGUGUUACCUUUUUAGACAUCAGUUGAAUGGUGUUUCUAUCUAUAUUUUUAGUUCUUCUGCCCUGAAGCGAGGCAGAUUGUCUUUUUUUUUUUUUUUUUCCUCCUCCCUUCGUAAGUGACCCCGGAUUUUCCCAAACCUCGGACUUUAACAGGACUGGUUCAGGUUCAAAGCCAUCACUCUGCCUCAUCACGCAGAGGAAACACCCGACCCGCUGGUUAUCUAGUCUUUGCACUGUCAACAAACACAAUGCAAAAAGAGACUAUUGGACUGCCAGAACAGCUUCUUUUCUUGUUUGUUUUUUGACUGCAUUGUUGUUUAUUUUGUCACAAGCAGAAAGAAAUUGGCAGGGCACGUUGGGGGAAUUGGGCGGCUGAUGGGAAAGGGGAGUCAAAGUGAAUGAAAGACUGAAAAGAAAAGUGAAUCAUAUUGAUAUGAUUUCAACUCUACGUCUUUGGCUUAUCGUAUGCCGUGAAACAACAAUAUAUCCUUAACUUGACAAACAUUGGGGCUAUAUUUCAUGGGGAGAGGGAAUAUGGCAACAGCUGCUUUCUUCAGAGACUUAAAGAGCCUGAGACUGAAGUCUUUUUCUUUCUUUUUUUUUACAUCUUCCAUCUUCAUUGCUGAUCCUCUCCAUCUUCUUUGAACCCUCACUUCUCGUUUCAGGGAUGAUGUCGUCAUGUUUUAUUGCGAAGGGACCGCGCACACCUCAAUGGAGAAUAAACACUAUUCACAUUUCCUUUCCUCGGUAAUACUUCAUAUCAUUGUGUUCAUCCUUGAAUGUGUCUGAUGCUGGUGUUAGCUCUGUUUGUCCUCACUAUGAAAGGCUCACGUCUGUCUCUACACUCACUCAAAUGGUGAAGCCACAAAAGCAAACAUGAAUUCACGGGGCGUUGUCGUCACUGCAUCAGGCCACUUUGUUGUUUUUUUUUUUGUUUUUUUUUUGGUGUUUCACUGUAAGCCGUGUGCUUUGCUCACCAUGGACAGCAUGUUUUAUUGUAAACAAUGUGAAAAUUCAAACCAUGCAUUCUCUUGCUCUAAACAUACUUUUAACCCACUUUUAGGUGCGUUAAUGUUUGCAAUUUGUCCGACAACAGAAAAAAUCGACCAGUGUUAAAUAAUUUUGGGCCUUCACAGCAUUCAACAUGAGGCUCUCAGAUCAUUAAAGCUGCACAGUUCAUCAAUGUCUUACUGUGCUGCUUAUUUGGAAUUGCUUUGUUUGUCUUGCUGCAAAUUUUCCCCUCAUUAUAUUUGCUUUACCUGUGCAUCGCCAUCAUAUCACACGCCCUUCAUCACAGCAUGCAGUGUGCAAUUAGACCUCUGAAUCGCUGUCAACAUCCCAGAUGUUUUUCAGCGAUUCAACGUCCACUCAAACAGUCAGAUCUUUUUUUAUUUUCUUUUUUUCAUCAGUGAACUGUGAAGUUGGUGCUUCGCUUGCUUGUGUGGCUUCACUAUGACACACAUUCACCUAAGACAGCUGUUAACAUUUUUUUUUUUUUAGUUUUCGUUUGUUUUAGCAGCUAGCUUUAGAUCAGCCUUUCAAAAGCCAUCAGCUGUGUGUAGUCGCUGCCUGUGCUGUAAGAUGAACCACUGGCACAUUGAACUUAAAGUGCAUGAAAUGACCCCAAAAACCUUUCAGCUGUUACAAACAUGAACCGAUCAGCUGCAGAAAAUUAUCUCAAGAAGAAAAGAAAAAAAAAAAGGAUAGCAUGAACCAGCGAACAGCUUGGAGCUAAAACAUGUGAAAUAGGACCUUGAUCAUGUACACAUGACUCAAACAGGAAGUCGCCCAAUCAGCAGAAAAAAAAAGCAAAUUGCUUUAGAAUUUAAAGAUGAAACUGGUGGUGAGGCUGUAAAUGUAGUCUUUAAAUCUACACAGAAGGUGGACUGGACUACAAGAAGACCCUCUUGGCUUUAAAUUAAACUUCUGUUAUACCUCAGGGGUAAGCGAAAUUCUCUCCAUAUGCUGUUUGGAUUGAUUUUUUUCGAGGGCUGGAUGUGAAAAAAGUACAUUUUCUGCCGUGAGCUGGAUGUGCUGAAGUGGUUCAUUCACUAAAGACAAAUUGGCUCAGUCAGGGUAGAAGUCACUAAAGGUUUGAAGCCACAGAACGCUCUCUAUGUUCCCAUAAAGCAUCUUAAUGAGUGUAGACUAUUGACCAUGGUGUCAUUAAAUUAAAUAUCAUUGAUUUGGUUUUGCAAUCACUGUUCCCAUUUAUUGUAGUUUUUUAAUUUUAUACUGUAUGUGUUCAACUCCAUGAGCCACCAGUAAAUCUAACAGCCUGUGAAGUUGGAUUGUAGCGGUUGGUUUCGACACUACGACUCUUCACUCUUCAUUUCGAGGUUUUGGACAUUCCCCGUUAAUAAGUUGUCGUCCCACAGAAGAUUGCAAGAUGGAAUAUAUUUUGAUUUUCUUUACGCAUUUUUAAUAAGAAUGGCUAAAAUGAAUAAGCUGAAUGUGGUGGUGUUUGACUUGUACUUAAUCUGUAAGGGUAAUCUAGGCAGCUGUGAUGUUGUCAUUAAAAGUCAGUGGGUUUUUUUAGUACCAGCAGACUGCAUACAGUACAUAUAGUUUUAUCAGACAAUGGUUGUGACAAGUGCAUUUGUUCUCUCUCUCUGAGAGUAGUAAUGUUAUCUCAGUAGUAAGCGAAGCCCAGUGAAAAUCCUAUAUACUAAAGUGUAUGAAAAGCCAGAAAAGUAAUGUUUGCUAUCAACAUAUUGGAAAGUGCUUGGCUCUUGUAUUUUGCAGGACUGUAUUUGUUUCAUGGUGAAGAGUAUAUUUAUUGGCCAGCAGUUGUCUCAAUUGGUGCCUAGUUGAACAUUCUUCUGUGAAAACACAGAGACACUUGCUCGUUCGUCUUUUCCUGACCCACCUACUGUCAAACAAACACCUCCCCACCCACCCACCCACCCAACCUGCACCCCUCCCCCCCCCCCAUCCCUCCCAAAAAGAGUACCAGUCCCUGGUGCUUGCAAGGAUGUUUACAAUGUCUUCAUUUUCUUUCUGUAUGAGAAGAUUCAGAACUCGUCACCAUCUCCUCCUCCUCUCUCCCGCCCUUCAGGAGUUUGUGUAAAGUGUACAUUACCAUGGUUCUUUUUUAUACAAUACUCUGUAACUUGCCUUUGUAAAUUUGGGCUGGAAAAAAAUAAAUCUUUUUAUGAGACAA